AUGGAGAAGGACACCAAAUAUUCCAGUGAGAAUGUCGCUGCGGCAGAUCAAGUGCAGAGUGACGACUCCGUGGGAGAGGUCAAGGAUCAUGCCAUGCAGCGUGGCCUUCGACCGCGUCAUUUGCAAAUGAUAGCAAUUGGAGGAGUCAUUGGCACUGGUCUCUUUCUCGGCACGGCAUCAAACUUGCAAAAUGGCGGUCCGGCCGGUCUCUUCAUCUCCUACUGCAUCAUGGCCUCGCUACUGUUCGCCGUCAUGGUGGCCCUAGGAGAAAUGAUUGCCGAGUUUCCCCUGGCUGGUGGCCAGUUUGCUCUCGCCGGCCGUUUCGUCUCCCCAGAGAUGGGAUUCGCCAUGGGCUGGCUCUUCUGGUACAACUACAUUGUCGUCCUGCCCGCCGAGAUCUCCGCCGCGGCCGUCCUCGUGUCGUAUUGGACGCCGGCAGGGCAGACCGACUCGACUUGCACCUCGGCCGUUUGCAACAAUGCUCUGUGGAUCGGCAUAUUCCUCAUCAUUGUAUAUGCCGUCAACUAUGCGGGCACGCGCGUCUAUGGAGAGAUGGAAUUCUGGUUUUGCUCCCUCAAGGUGAUUACGAUUGUUGGCCUCAUCAUCCUCAGUAUCAUCAUCUCCGCUGGCGGCGGUCCGAACCAUGAAGCUAUCGGCUUUAACUACUGGGACGAAACCGGGGGCUUCACACAGCUUAACGGGAUACCAGGAGCCAAGGGCCGGUUUCUCGGAUUUUUCAGUGUGCUCAUUAGUGCUGCUUUUGCCUUUAUCGGAUCCGAAAUCACUGCCAUUGGAGCCGCCGAGACGGCCAACCCGCGAAAGGCUGUUCCCAGUGCUAUCAAGGGUGUCUGGAUCCGACUUGUCCUGUUCUACAUCUGCAGCGCUUUCCUCAUUGGUCUGCUCGUGUCUCCUUCGGACCCCUCGUUGGACCUCGGAUCGACUGCCGCCAAGAGUCCCUUUGUCAUUGCCAUCAAAAAUGCCGGUAUUCCAGUUCUACCCUCGAUCAUCAAUGCAGUUCUCCUGACGAGCGCCUGGUCUGCCGGAUGCGCUGACCUGUUUGUAUCCUCCCGAACAUUGUAUGGUCUCUACACCCGCGGCCAUGCCCCCAACUUUAUUGGCAAGGUUCGAUCAGACGGUCUGCCGUGGGUUGCAGUCACCAUUGGCGCAGUCUUUGCGCUGCUCUCCUUCAUGGCUGGUGCCAAGGGUUCUGCCGGCACAGUCUUUGGGUACUUUGCCAACAUGACGGCCAUUUGCGGCAUGAUAUCCUGGUCUUGCAUCUUCUUUACAGCCAUUCGCUGGCAAAAGGGCCUCAAGGCUCAGGGUAUCGAUCGCAAUACUUUGGCAUACAAGGCUCCAUGGCAGCCAUACUUGAGUUACUAUGGACUAUUCAUGUGCGUGAUUGUACUAAUCUUUGGUGGUUUUACUGCAUUCCUGGGCACGUUCGAUACAUCUAGUUUCAUCACGACUUAUUUCCCCAUCCCCUUCUUUGUGGUCCUCUUCUUUGGUUACAAGUUUGUCAAGAAGUCCAAGUUUAUCGAUUACAUGGAUAUGGAUUUCAAGACUGGCUCGUCUGCGGUUCUGCCUUCGGAGCCGCCCAAGAAGGGUCUGUUUGCCCGUAUCGCAGACAAUAUUUGA